AUGGAUGACCUGGAUGUGUUGGCACGGGAUUUUGGGUUCCGGCCUCAAGGGAAAUCGAAUCCGAUGAGAUCCGACCAGGCGGAUCGCCGCCCUGCCCGAUCUGUUGACGAUCAGAAACGAGAUGGGAUGUUGUUCAACGAUGUAUUUGGUGGGCCUCCUAAGUAUACUUCGAGUUCAAGUUCAAAUAAUAGUAGUAACAAGUCGGCAAUGAGUGAUUUUGAAUAUGAAUCGAUUUUUAAGUCGGAAUCGAAAAUUUCGAACAGUAAUACUGGUGGUAAUAAGAUGUCGUCCUUUCCGGUGUAUGAUAAGCCCGUUUAUGACGAUGAUGAUAUAUUUGAUGGUUUACCGGGGUUGAAGAGCAAACUGGGUACUUCAUCGGUCAGAUUUGAUGAUAAUGUGUUCGCAUCAAUUGCAUCGCCUCCGUCCACAAAGAGCAGGAAUCAGAAGGCUUUUGAUGAUUUGUUGGGGAACUUCGGUGGAAAUGACAAGUUUGGGGAGAGCAUUAACAAGAGCAGUAAUGCUAAGAGCAGCUCUACUUCUCGAGGGUUCGAUGAUUUGCUACCUGGGUUUGGGAGUGGCAUUCCUGCCAGUAGCAACAGGCCAAUGUCAGAGUCAAAUCGAGGAUCCACUCCAACCGGGAAUACAACUUCAAAUGUGAUGGAAGAUCCUUUUGUAGUUAUGGAAUCAACAUCAACUCCCAGAUCAUCGUCUGGAGUAUUUAUUGAUCCUCUGGAGGAGAUUGGUAAUCUUGGUAAAUCUAGAAGUACAAGGGCUGAUGCAUCCUCUGGUAGCGAGGGAGUAUUUGAUGACUUAGAUCCCCUUAAUGGGUUUGGAAAACCUGUGCAUCCAUUUUCUCCUGGGAGGGAUAAUGGAGGGAAGGACGGGAGCCCCUCAAGAUCAGGAACACCUGUAUCUUCUAGUCUUAGAGAGCAGACCAGGAAGUCUUCUAACAGAUAUUCGGAGAGCAAUGUGGAGAAGAAGUUUCCUGUUGAAAAUUUUCAGGAACCUCCCUUGUUUGAUGUGCCAGAUGUUUCAUCACAUUCUCAUAAAUCCUUUGGUCAUUCCAAUCCAUUUUCUCCUGGGAGGGAUAACGGGGGGAGCCCCUCAAGAUCAGGAACACCGGUAUCUUCUAGUGUUAGAGAGCAGACCGGGAAGUCUUCUUACAUAUUUUUGGACAGCGAUGUGGAGAAGAAGGUUCCUGUUGACAGUUUUCAGGAACCUCCCUUGUUUGAUGUGCCAGACGUUUCAUCACAUUUUCAUAAAUCCUUUGGUCCGACUGCUCCUCCAUACUACGAAACAACCUCCCAGGUCGAUGUGUCUCAGUCGACAGAUGAGCAGGGACGGCAAUCGGAUGACGUAUGGCUUACCGUAUCAGAAAUUCCUCUUUUUACUCAACCCACUAGUGCUCCACCCCCUUCACGACCACCUCCACCAAUUCCUCGUCAAACUUCAAAGUCAGAAACUGGCUCCUACUCUUCAAAUUCGAGAAAGAAGGGUGAUGAAUUUUUUUCUCCCCCGAGUUAUAAUCAAUACUUUCAAAAUCCUAAGCUUGCUCAACCUGCGGCCAAUAGCCCUCCAGUUUCACAGUUGGAUGAACUUGAUGAUUUUGCCAUGGGUAAGUCCCAUAUCAGUGUUGAUGAAAGUGCCAGUUUUCAUGCUAGUGAAGAGUGUAAUGUGACCUCUGCAGCAGCUGCAUCUGCAGCUGCCAUGAAGGAUGCUAUGGAUAAAGCUGAGGCAAAAUUUAGACAUGCUAAGGAAGUACGCGAAAGAGAAUACGCAAAGGCUUCUAGAAGUAAGGAACCUGUGCAUCUGGAAAAUGAUGUCCAGCAAGAUGAUCUGGGGAGAGAAUUUAGGGAAAACCAUGAGAAAUUAGGGCGUGAAAGGAAUCAGGCAGAAGAGGAAGGGAGGGAAAUAAGGAGACUUGAGAGGGAGAGGGAAAGAGCCAAACAGAUUGAAAGGGAAAGGGCUAGACAGGCUGUAGAAAGGGCUACCAGGGAAGCACGUGAAAGAGCUGCUGCUGAAGCUCGCUCAAAAGCUGAAAGGGCUGCUGUUGAGAAGGCAAAUGCUGAGGCCAGAGGACGUGCUGAAAGAGCAGCAGUUCAGAGGGCUCAGGCUGAAGCUCGUGAAAGAGCAGCUGCUGAAGCUAGAGAAAGAGCUGAAAAGGCUGCUGCAGAAGCUAGAGAAAGAGCUGCUUCAGAAGCAAGGGAGAAAGAAGCACGGGAAAAAGCUGCAGUUGCAAGGUCUGAAGCUGAGGUAAGGCGUCGAGUAGAACGAGCUGCUGUUGAAAGGGCUGCAGCAGAGGCUAGGGAAAGAGCUGCUGCAGAAGCGCGUGAAAAGGCAUCAGCUGCUGCAAAGAUGAGCCAACAAAAGAAAGAUGACGAUCUGGAAUCCUUUUUCAGCAUGGGAUCUCGAGCAAGCAGUGUACCUAGGGCCAGAACAGAUUCGGUUGAUCCUGUGUUGAACCAGCAAUUCCAGAACAAGGCAGGAUCUGAAGCUGCAAUGAGGACAUCUUCUAGUGGGGCCUCCAAUAUGCGAAAAGCUUCUUCUGCUACUAAUAUCGUUGAUGAUCUAUCUUCUAUUUUUGGAGCUGCUGAAUCAUCUGGAGCAUUCCACGAGGUUGAAGGGGAAACUGAAGAAAGAAGAAGAGCCAGACUUGAACGCCACCAACGCACUCAAGAGCGGACGGCUAAAGCACUUGCUGAAAAGAACCAGCGCGAUCUUCAAGCUCAAAGGGACCAGGAAGAAAGACAUAGGAUCGCUGAAACAUUGGAUAUUGAAAUCAAGCGUUGGGCUGCAGGGAAAGAAGGAAAUUUGCGUGCUCUACUGUCAACUUUGCAAUAUGUGCUUUGGCCUGAAUGUGGAUGGCAGCCUGUUUCAUUGACAGAUUUGAUUACUGGUGCCUCUGUCAAAAAAGUAUACAGGAAAGCUACUCUUUGCAUCCAUCCUGAUAAGGUGCAACAAAAAGGUGCCACUCUCCAACAAAAGUAUAUUGCUGAGAAGGUGUUUGACCUGCUUAAGGAAGCCUGGAACAAAUUUAACUCGGAGGAGCUAUUCUAA